AGCAUGUGAAGGGUAAGAGGUAUCAUGUGAGGUGGCCGGGGCUUAUGAGGGGGCAACCCAAUCCUCAGAAUUUGGAUCGAUAUUGUGACUUCCAUCGGGAGCGUGGGCAUAAUACGGUAGAUUGUUAUCAGCUGAAAACCGAGUUGCAAGGGUUGGUUGACAGAGGCAUGCUCAAUGAGUUUGUCAAAAAACCAGAAGAGAAGGUUCAUAGAGCAUACGCCGCCCGAGCAGAACCUAAGGAGGAUUUGCCCCCGCCUCCAUUCGAACUUGACCAAGAGAAGGCGCCUGAGAAGGUGAGGCUCACGGUGGAGGCGAUCACUGGCACAAUGGAUUUGAGGGACAAGUUGGAGGCUGGUCGGCGCCUGAGAGCGGCGUCGGUUGACAAACAAGGGGUUUGCAUUAAUUUCAACCAGGCGUCCGAGGAAGCCUAUGGGAUACCUUCCUUGGAAGCGCUGGAGAUCCAAGGGGUAAUAGUUGGGUGCACCAUGAAGAGGAUGCUUGUAGACACGGGGAGUUCCAUGGACGUGUUGUUCAAGGACACGGUGACACGCAUGCAGUUGUCUCCAGACCUAAUACGACCAUCAGACUCGGUGUUAGUAGGAUUUUUGGGGGCGCGUGCUAAGGUGAUCGGGCGCGUGCGCCUCCCCGUCACCUUGUGCGACGAAGAACAGCGGGUCACGCAUGCUAUUGAUUUCGGGAUCGUGGAUUGCUCAUCUCCUUACAACGCCAUACUCGGAAGACCUCUUUUAGCUCUGUUUAAUGGAGUGACGUCUACUUGCCAUCAGACGCUGAAGUUCAUAGCGCCGCAGGGAGUGGGCGUUGCCCGGGAAGAGGCGCCCCAAUCUACGCCCAGCUGAAAAGUGUGCGGCCCCGGAAGAGUCAAAGGGUGAAUGUGAUUGCAACUGAGGAGGCGCCUAGGGCUGAGGCGGCUGAUGAGGAGUUGAUGAUUCCCUUAGAUGAGGGUCGACCGGAAAGGCAAAUAAGAAUUUCGGUCCAGG